AUGAUCGUUAACAGUGCAUCCGACCCUAUUCUAUGCCGUUAUUUUCCAUCCUUUUUAGAUGGUCCUGCACUUGACUGGUUUUGCUCUUUGCCUGCAGAUUCAAUAUCACGCUUUCAGGAGUUGGCCAAGCAGUUCGAAGAUUAUUUCGCAGCAUCGGCAAUAUAUUUGCAUGAUUCCGACUACUUGACGACCAUUAAACAAGGUCCACAAGAGAGCCUGAAGGAUUACAUUACCCGUUUUACAAAGGUCGCCAUGAGAAUCCCUGAUCUUCACCCUGAAGUCCAUCUCCAUGCCAUUAAAAGUGGCCUUCGUCCAGGUAAAUUUCAGGAGACAAUCGCUGUGGCUAAACCUAAAACCCUAGCCGAGUUUUGCGAAAAAGUCAAAGGACAGAUAGACGUUGAAGAACUUUGGCAAGCACAAAAGACAGAAAGGUCGGCCCCUAGCAAAGAGGAAGAUAAAUCGCGGGAUAGCAAGAAAGCCUUUAAACCAGUUCCCCGUCUGUUAUGA